AUGAUGGCAUCCUGUUCACCAUUUAAUAAGCACAUCUUUCUGAAUGGCGGCCCGCCGAGUGAGACGACGAGCGAAAUUUCGUCGGUCGAAAGCGAUUGGGGCGAUCUGCGGCUGAUUGCGGCCCAGCUGGGCGUCGCCAAUCCGGACGAGUUGCACGUCGAGCGCUUCAAGGUGGACCGGCAGAAGCUGGAGGAGAUGAUCAAGGUGGAAACAUAUUCAGAGGGAAUGAAUAGUGCCGAGGAGUUCUUCACGAAUAUAAUGAAGGAAACUACCACCUACGUAAGCUGGCCGUGUCGCUUGAAGAUUGGAGCGAAAACGAAGAAGGAUCCGCACAUUCGCAUUGUUGGUAAGAUGGCGGACGUGAUGCGGGCAAAAGAUAAAGUUAUGGCGCGACUGGACUCGAGAGGAAGCCGCGUGAUCAUGAAGAUGGACGUCUCGUACACGGACCAUUCGUUCAUCAUUGGCCGCGGUGGUAACAACAUCAAGAAGAUCAUGGAAGACACGGCCACGCACAUCCACUUCCCGGAUUCGAACCGCUCGAAUCCGACCGAAAAGAGCAACCAAGUGUCGAUGUGCGGCAGCAUCGAGGGCGUCGAAAGGGCCCGUUCGCUGGUGCGCAACUCGACACCGCUGCUAAUCUCGUUCGAGCUGCCCAUUUUGGCGCCGGGCAAGACUCCGCCGGACAACGAUACACCGUACGUGAAGGAGAUUGAAGCGGAGUAUGGGGUGCAGGUGAUCUUCUCGACACGGCCAAAGCUUCACUCGUCGCUGGUACUGGUGAAGGGCUCGGAAAAGGAGGAACAGAUGGUGAAGGAGGCCACCCGGCGGCUGAUGGAUCUGAUGUGCGAGAACAUUGCGAGCCAGAUACCGGUCCAGAUGCAGCUGGAAAUUUCCACGCAGCACCAUCCGAUCGUGCUCGGGCGUGCGUCAAGCAAUCUGCGGGAAAUUAUGAACCGAACCGGCACCCAGAUUAUGUUCCCGGAUGCGAACGAUGUGAACAUAAAGCCAAUCAAGCGCUCCCAGGUGACCAUUACCGGCUCGAUAAACGGUGUCUAUUUGGCGAGACAGCAAUUAAUCGGAAGCUUACCGAUUGCGCUCAUCUUCGACUACCCGGAUAACACGGUUGAUUCGGAGGAAAUCACCAACCUGAUGCUGACGCACGACGUGUUCAUCUCCGUGCGCCAAAAGUCUCGCCAGAGCACGCUCUGCAUCGUGAUCAAGGGUAUCGAGAAGUUCAUAGCGAACAUCUACGAUGCACGCCACCAGCUGCUGAAGUCCGUCGGGCCGCGGGUCGUCGCCGAAGUACCGCGUGCGUACUUCGGUCCGAACGAGCACGCUCACCAGACUUCGCAAAACAUCUCGGCCUUGCUGGCUGGUCCGGUAGCGCCCCCGUUUUCACCCCUAUCGCCCAUCAAUCCGUUGCCGUUCGUUAGCUGGCCAACGGCCGCGUUGGGGCCGUCGUCGCUCGGAGCUCUACCGCCAGCAUCACUGGCCGCGGCAGCUGGACUGCCGACGGCCGAGUUCGCCUUCAACCACAUGCGAAACCAGUUCCAGAGCUUUAACAUGCACGCUUCCGGCAAGCUUCAGACGGUCCCUCACCAGUUGCACCCACUGUCGAUGCCUCCCGGGCUAGAGCGCACUCUCGGCGCAGGCAGCUCGUGCAGCAAGGCCGGUGGCCAUCUGAACAGCCACCAUCUCCUGUCGGUACCGACGGGCCACGGCACCUCGUCCUAUCUGCAUCAUCAACAGCAUCAACAUCACGUACCGAACUGCACGGGAGGCAAUUCGGGCAGUCUGACGACGAGUCUCACGACGAGCCAGGCCAACAGCAGCCACAACGACAUCCACUCGAGCGGCUACCAAAGUCUGAACUGCUCCAGUAACUCUCUCGACCAACAGUAUCACAGUAACUUAUCGACGGGUGUUUCGUCCAGCUCGCUCAUCAACGGGUCACCAUCGUCCUCAUCCAUCGACCACCAGAGCCCGAGUGUGUCCGGGACCAGUGGGCUCAACCGCUGUCGACACGUCACCUGCACCCCGGAAAGCCCCCAGUAUUCGUCAGACAUCGACCAACGGACACCGCUGGCGUUCGAGCAGAAGAACUCACUUAAGGAUUCGUUCCUGUUUAACCUUGACCCACGAGUCGUGGCCGGCUACAAGGCGAUGCACGCAUCACCGCAGCAGGGCGAAGUGCGCACUCCGACAUUGUCUUGGCAGGGCCUGGGAUUAAGCCAAUCGUCGCCGGCCCCGCUCGAGGCGUGUGAUCUGAGCUGGGCGAAUAGCAGCAGCUCGAGCACUAGUGCCGGAACUGGUGGAUCCGGCGGCAGCGGCGGGACCAACAGCUCCCCCAGCAGCGGACCAAACGACUCGCGGCACAACAUGACGACCACUAUGAUCGAGGUGACGCCGCGCCAUCAGCGCGAACAGCUGUCACAGUACAACGACGUCACCACCAUCCUGACCGGACUGGGACUGGAGCACUACAUCAAGAACUUCGUCAACGGCGAGAUCGACAUGACCGUCUUUCAGACGCUCACCGAUCAGGACCUGCUGAAUCUGGACGUUAAACCGCUGGGCGCCCGCCGUCGAAUACUGAUGGCCAUUCACGACAUGGGCAUCCGCCCGGGAAGUGGUAGACUGUUCGGAACGGGCACGCCUUCACCUUCGUCCGUGCUGUCAACGUCAAUGUCUCGCUUUUCUGGAUCCGCCGCGCCGGGUGCAGAGCGACGCACUUCCACCAGUGGCCAAUAG